AUGGUUGAUAGACAGAUCCAGCAACACAUCCCGCGCCCAGGCAUGCAGAGAUUGCACGCUCUAAAUGUCGCUGCGACGGACACCGACUCUAGCACCAGUACUGCCGAUUCUUCUAUAUCUUCUAGCGGACACUCUACUCGUCCCAGGGGAAGUGGUAGGACAGGUCGACAAAGAAGGAACCAAGGCCCCACUUCCAAUCAGCUUAGAGACGAAUCCGCACCCCAUACCGCAACUGCCAUCGGCAUUCCUGGGGAAGCGGAUGGGGACCGGUGGAGGAUCAAACGUAGGAAGCUCGAAUCAGAUGACAACAGAGAGGGUUUACAGAGCUUCCGGUACGGUCAGUACGGUCAGGUUGUGUCCGGAGCUCUCAAGAUGGAAUUGGCUAGCUGCGAUGGAGGCACUUAUGAAACCGAUGGUGAAAGCACAUGGCCGGAGAACGUCCUUCGCAAUGACUCUUCUGUUUACUGUACAAAAUCAGACCGGUGUAAUCUGAUUUUGAAGCAUCGUGGAGAGACCCCGUUCUGCUUAAAGAAGAUUGUGAUUAAGGCUCCCAAGUCUGGCUACGAUGCUCCGAUACAAGAAGGAAUGGUUUUCGUAUCCAUGACUUCCGACGAACUUCUGGCCCGUACAGCCCAGUACCAAAUCCAGUAUACAUCUUCUCGACGAAGCCGGCGAAAUCGUCGGACUGAAAUGCAGCCUUCCCAGGAAUAUCUGAAUGCGUACCGGCAUCCCCUACAGUCUCUGACUGGCCGGGACUCUUAUUCAGAGUCGGAUACCGAUAUCAGUGACCCUACAGGACUAAAUGCAGGCACCAUCCCUGACCCGGUGUCGGGGUUUCGGGUUAUAACAGACUAUGAUGAGCGUUCCGAGAAUAGUGAUCACGGCGAUCGAAGAUAUGGGAGCGACUUACCAUCACUUGCGGAUGUUGAGAGACUACAGAUGGACCAGAUGGAGGAUGAUUUUCUUUGUUCGGAAAGCGAUGACAGCGAUAGCGAUGAAGAUACAUCCGAGUUAAGCACGUACAACCGUCGACACCGCGAGCUACUCAGGCGCGUGACAUCCAUGCGCCGCCGAUACGUCAUGGAAAGAAACGGGCAGCCAAGACGACGUCCGGUCCCCAGUAUCAUUCAGCCUAUACCACAAUCAUCCUUCUCUGGUCCGCACACUGGAUCCGAUGCUCAGAAUCCUAAUCUGGAAUUGCUAAAACCUCACGCUCGUUUCUUCAUUGAACGAACCAAGAGCAUGGUCAGCAUUACAUUCGAUCCACCUCCGUAUGGCCCCUAUUCUUUCCAAUGCGGUUGA